AUGCAAUUUGAGGUUCUGGCUAAAUGCCAUACUACUAAAGCUCGUGUGUCCAAAAUGACACUUGCUCAUGGUGUCACGAUGCUUCCUACAUUCAUGCCUGUCGCAACUCAAGCCGCAAUCAAAGGCCUGACCCCUCAGCAAGUAGAAUCUCUGGGCAUUACCCUCAUCCUGAACAAUACGUAUCAUCUCAAUCUACGACCCGGAAUCAAAGUUCUUGACGAAGCAGGAGGGGCACACAAAUUCCAAGGAUGGAAUCGUAAUCUGCUAACUGAUAGUGGUGGAUUUCAAUUGGUAUCUUUGAGUAAAUUUACGAAGAUCACCGAAGAAGGUGCUUUAUUUGCGAGUCCUUUCACCGGGGAACCUACCAUGUUAACUCCCGAAGAAAGUAUAUCAAUACAGCACUCCAUCGGCGCCGAUAUUAUCAUGCAACUCGAUGACGUAGUUUCCAGUCUAACCGUUGGUCCUCGAGUGGGUGAGGCUAUGAGGCGCUCUGUGCGCUGGCUCGAUCGAUGUAUCGAACAACAUGAUAGAUCAGGACGCAAGGAUGUUCAGAAUCUGUUCGCUAUUGUGCAAGGUGGCCUAGACCCCGACUUGCGAGAUCAGUGUCUCGACGAAAUGAUUCAGAGGAAGGAACGCGUUGCUGGUUAUGCAAUAGGCGGUCUUAGUGGUGGGGAAGAGAAAGCACACAGGAUAAAGCAGUGUGCCGAUAAACUCCCUUUUGACCGACCACGAUACUCAAUGGGAAUAGGAUUUGCUGAAGAUCUGCUAAUCUGUGUAGCACUUGGGGUUGACAUGGCCGAUUGUGUAUUUCCUACACGAACAGCAAGGUUCGGUGUAGCCCUGACAUUCAAUGGUCCAUUGAAUCUAAAACUUGGAAAACAUGCCGAGAACUUUGAACCCAUAGAUAGUGACUGUCCAUGUCCUACGUGUAGUGGCGGAAUAUCUAGGUCCAUGCUUCAUCACAUCGUAACCCUCGAGACAACGGGCGCACACGUCGUUACCCAACAUAACCUCGUUUUCCAAGCUCAAGUCAUGGGAGGCGCACGAACUGCUAUCAUUGAAGGCCGAUUCCCUGACUAUCUACGUACCUUCUUCGCCAAUUAUUUUGGACAUAAAGGCUAUCCGGAAUGGUGUGUCAACGCUCUGCGAAGUGUAGGAGUAGAUCUCCUUCAAGGAAUUGAUAUAUCCGUUAUACCGGGUUCUGGAGCAAAAUGGGAAUAUUCCGACGCAUCAUAA